GAGGACGCAGCCAGUUCCUCUCCCUCCGCCCCUCCACAUCCUAGAGAGAGCGAGAGAGGAGAGAGAAGAGGGAGAGAGAGAGAGAUAGAGAACAAACCCACGCAAGAACCGUCUCAGAAUCCUGUAAUCCCACGGAAAUCCCACUUAUAAAGGAUUCGAUUCUCCUCUUGUAGGAUUCAAAAGCAGAAAUCCUACAUAUCCUACUUCUCUUGGUUCUGGAAAAGGAUUUGACGUCGUUUAUUCAUUUCCUCAUGAGUAGGAUCAUCUGAGGAUCACUUAUGUAGGAUUCUAAAGGGGACUAAACACUGUGCAUGGAUUCAGACUCACUAAAAAGGUGGAUUUGAAGGAUUCUGGUGUCUGUGUGAUUCCACCUCGCCAUCCACGUGACAGAAAACGGAGAGUGGUAGUGUGGAGGGAGUGAUUCCAUUUAUCUACUUCUUCGGAUUGAAUACUCGUCUAAUUUCUUGGUUUGUGGAUCACUGGAUUUAUCAUGAAGAGUUGGCGCGAAGCAGUAGUGAUGGUAGUGGUGGUGAUGAUGGCGGUGGAGGCACAGCCCUCACUCGCCGCCGCCCACAGGUCUAUGCACCGGCGCCAUGCUGCUGCGCCCUCCCCCGCCGGCGAAUCCUUCCUGGCGGGGCUGGGCGGCGGGGAGAACACAGUGCUGGGCAGCCUCCUGCAGCUGGGCACGAAGGACUUGGGGCUGCAGGACCCGUUGCUGCAGUCUGGCACGCCACGGCACCCCGCCUUGCACCAGCCGCAGCCCCCAGGCCCGCCACAGCCCCCGCCACACCCCCCGCCACAGCACAACCACACGCAGCAGGGCACGCAGCAGCAACAGCAGGGGGCCGGUGGGAUGUCAGCCGGCCAGGCCGCCGCCGCAGUGGGCGAGCUGAUGCGGCAGCUGCAUAAUCUGACCUUCCUGCCCCUAGUGCCGCGGGAGGGCGAGCCGCCCCACGCCCACGGCGACGACCCUCUGCUGCUGCAGUACCUGGACGCCGUGCGGGGCGACGCGUGGGCGCAGUUCAAGAGCCUGGCGGUGGGGUACAGCAGCUGGCUGGAACACGAGUACAGCCUGAAGCACCUCACCGCUGCGCUGCCCCUGGACCUCGUCAAGAAGGUGCUGGACCUUGGCGACCGCGUCAACUUCCUGCGCGUGGUGGGGCGCCGCGUGGAUCCCGGCCUGGCCACCUUCCUGGCUGACAAGAUGCAGCCGUUGUUCGACCACUUCAGCCAGGUGGCGGCAGGGCGCCUGGUGGGCGGCAGCCUUGCCGACGCGGUGGGCGGCGUGGUGAGCGACGCCGCGUGGAAAACUCUGCGGCAGUUCGUAGACCAUGUGCUGAGCGUGGCGGGCGGCGCCGUGACGCGAGAGGAGAUCGACCACUUCCGCGAGGACCUGGCCAAGACCAGCCCCCUGGCUGCGCGGGGCCUGCAAAUGCUGCUGGACGGCCCACCCCCCGAGGAGGAGGAGCAGGGUGAGGGGCGCUCCAUCUCCAGGCAGAGUUACCGAGACUACCACGACGGUGGCUACGGCGGCCACGGCGCCUACGACGACUCGUACGGCACGUACGGCGGCGUGUCGCAUGGCUACUCCUCUGGGGGAUACGCCGCGGGGGUGCACAUGGACCCGUACCUCAUCCUGGCGGGACUGGGCGCCGCCGUGCUGCUGGCCUACCUGGCCUACCGCGUGCUGGUCACCACGGAGGCUGCUGGCAGCAGGCACCUGAUGGACGACCUGGCGCUGCGGGACCUGUCAGACACUCCCGCCGUGCUGCACUCCCUGCACAGCCUGCUGGACGACGCGGAGCGCAAGUACGACACCAAGCGGUCGGCGCCGCGGGACGACAUGGACGACUUCACUGACGCCCUCAACGCCCUGUGGCGCGAGCACGAAGUGGCGGACGGCUGCGUGCGCUGCACCCUCUUUGACGCCAUCCUGGACUACGCGCACGUGGGCAGUGCCUCCACCUCAAUGCCCGCCCUGGCCGUGUCGUGGCUGGCUCACCUGCUGGGCGCCGAGAGGCCAGGCCAGCUGCUGGACGAGGUUGUCGGCCAGGUGGUGGAGGGACACUCUGUGGUCUGCCACCGCCAUGACCACACCUGUGACCUCAAGUGAACUGUGUGUGUGUGUGUGUGUGUGUGUGUGUGUGUGUGUGUGUGUGUGUGUGUGUGUGUGUGUGUGUGUGUGUGUGUGUGUG